CUUACAUAAUUUUUCUCUUGGUUGCGAAUUAAGGUUGGAAAUGAGAAAAGGAAGACGGAAGUGAGAGAGGAGGCACUGAGCAUCCAACAAUGGCCUUGUUCUCUGCUACCGCAACCGUUCUUCCUCGGAACCUCGCAUUCGCUUCCUCCACCAAACUCUCCCUCUCUCACAGUCACUCUCUUCUACAUCACUUCCUUUCAUUCCCCACUCCCAAAUCAUCAAACCCUCGCAACCGGGUCGCAAUCUCUCUCCAAACCCCACGCGCUCAAUCCGGCGCGUCCGCCUCCGCCUCCUUCCAUGGCCUCUGCUACGUCGUCGGCGACAACAUCGACACCGACCAGAUCAUUCCCGCGGAGUACCUCACCCUCGUCCCUUCGAAGCCCGACGAGUACGAGAAGCUCGGCUCCUACGCCCUCGUCGGCCUCCCCGCCACCUACGCCGCGCGCUUCGUCGACCCCGGCGAGACCAAGACCAAGUACUCCAUUGUCAUUGGCGGCGCCAACUUCGGCUGCGGCUCCUCCCGCGAGCACGCUCCCGUGGCGCUGGGCGCUUCCGGCGCCGCCGCAGUGGUCGCGGAGUCGUACGCUAGGAUCUUCUUCCGGAACUCCGUGGCCACCGGCGAGGUGUAUCCGCUGGAAUCGGAGGGACGCCUCUGCGAGGAGUGCACCACCGGCGAUGUGGUAACGAUUGAGCUCGGAGAGAGCCGUUUGAUCAAUCACACCACCGGAAAGGAGUAUCGCUUGAAACCGAUCGGCGACGCGGGUCCGGUGAUCGAGGCCGGUGGCAUCUUUGCCUAUGCCAGGAAAACCGGCAUGAUUCCUUCUCGUUGAGAUAUUGGCAUGGAAGUAGAUAUUUGGGGAAGCUGGAACCACUCGUGGAACUGUGUUACCUUUGGCAGCAGCUACCAAUUAUUUGAGUAUAUACUAUUUGCAACAUACUGCUUUCUCAACUCAGAUUUUAUCUCGCAUUAUGCAGUUUUGACAUUUGACAGACAGUCAAUUCCGCAGAUAGAUUACUGCAUUAGACUUAUUUGUAUUUUAGGAAAUAUGAAGUUUUCAUUAUGUCGAAGUUUGGAUGAAAUCAGCAGGAUUUUAGUAUAUUCUGGUUUGUAAUCUCUUGCAUUGCAAAGGCUGAUUUGAGAGACUUGUUUUUAAAUAAUAUAAAAUAAAACGGGCGGAUUAGAUCCUUCACAACUAA